AGGUGUUGAGUUUUGCUUAGCCAACAAGCCGUCUUGUGUCAGUCCACUUAUUUUUGAAGAAACAUUUUUUUUAUCAUCCAGUGAAUUUGUUUCGUAUAAAUUACGCGUGCUAACGGCAAUACGCAAUUUUAAAUAUAUUUUUUUUUUUCUUGUUUUAAAUUUGAAAUUAGAAUUUAAGAUUUGUGCAAUUUUGUCUUUGAAAAUUACAUAUUACAUUUUCAUCCGAUCUGUGAACGUUUAUUUUAAAAACUUUUUACAUUGCCGUAAAUUUCUGUACGUAUCGGACGAAAAGAAAAUCAGAUAAAUUGAUAAGAUUCCGCGAAAUCGUUUAAAUACGGAAAAAGUCGUAUUGUUUUGGAAAAAUCCAUUGUCCAAAGUCUACAAUGAGAUCUCAAGAUCAAAUGGAUGACUUGGAAUUGGAGGAUGUGCAGAAGCAAGAGAAUCAUCGCAACAGGGAUGGAGUGCCAAAUGAUGGUUUUAUUGUGACCCGAUUAGUAGUAUUCGUAACGAUAGCAAUUUUCAUGUUUUUAUUGUGUGCCGCCGUUUUGAUAACAUACAAUUUCGGUAUUUGUUCGAAUAUCAACGUCCAAUCAGAAGUUUGCGCCAAAAAGAAUGUUAUUCCCCUAACUAUAGCGAUAAAUAAUACACAAUCCGCCGAUGAUAUCAAGAAAAUUAUACCGUUUGAAGAGGAUUUACAUCGAAGUAAUCGAACAAAUGUACGGUUGCCGAAGACAAUGCAUCCACUUCACUAUGAAUUGAAAUUGAUGCCAUUUUUGCGUGAGGGUAAUUUUACGUUCAACGGUGAUGUCACAAUUAAAGUAAAUGUUACGAAAAGCUGCAAAAAUAUAACGUUGCACGCAACAACUUUGAAAAUAAGCAGUGUAAACGUGUGGAAAAUUGGGAAUAACACAACGCAAACGGACGAAAAUAGUCGAACCGAAAUUGAAAUAUCCGAUAAACAUGCCGUCGAACCCGAUCAAUUCUAUGUCAUCGAAUUUCCAACGGAACUCGAAUCGAACAUGAUUUAUGAAAUUCGCAUUAAAUACACGGGCAUUUUGAAUGAUAUUCUACAAGGAUUCUAUCGCAGUUCGUAUGUUGUCAACAAUGUAACACGAUGGCUAGCCGUGACACAAUUUCAGCCAACGGAUGCUAGACGUGCGUUUCCUUGUUUCGAUGAGCCCGCUUACAAGGCAAAAUUCAAAAUAUGGAUCGCUCGACCGAUGAACAUGGUGGCAUUGUCAAAUAUGCCCAAAAUCAACACAUCCUCGGAAAUAUCCGAUGUAAGUGGCUACGUUUGGGAUGAAUUUAUGGAAUCGGUGCCAAUGUCAACGUAUCUGUUGGCAUUUGUUGUAUCGGAUUUUAAAAAUAUGACCAAUGGAAGGUUCAGUGUGUGGACACGCCCUGAGGCUCUUGAAUCUGCACGCUAUGCACUACAAGUGGGACCAAAAAUAUUAGAUUUUUUCGAAAAAUACUUCAAAAUUCAAUAUCCACUACCAAAAAUCGAUAUGAUUGCACUGCCCGAUUUUGGCGCUGGAGCGAUGGAAAACUGGGGUCUGGUAACAUUCCGAGAGGUGACAAUGUUGCACGAUGAAAAAGUAUCGGCACCAUUGAACAAGCAGCGCGUAGCAACGAUUAUUGCUCAUGAAUUAGUACAUCAAUGGUUCGGAAAUUUGGUAACGCCAUCUUGGUGGUCCGAUUUAUGGCUCAAUGAGGGAUUUGCAUCAUAUAUGGAGUAUGUGGGCGCAAAUAUGAUAACGCCGGAAUGGAAGGCAAUGGAUCAAUUUUUAUGCAAUGAAGUGCAACCGGUAUUGAUUUUAGACUCAUUAGCGUCCUCACAUGAAAUAUCGGUACAUGUUCACGAUCCAGACAGUAUCAAUGAAAUUUUCGAUCGCAUUUCAUACGGCAAAGGUGCUGCAAUAAUUCGAAUGAUGGAACACUUUUUAACCACCGAAGUAUUUCGCGAUGGAUUACAUUCGUAUUUAACUGAUCGAACCUAUCAGGUUGCGACCCAAAACGAUUUGUGGGAGCAUUUAACAAAGUCAGCCCACGAGAGUCAUAUAUUUGAUAAUUUGACCAAUGUUAAGGAAAUUAUGAAUACAUGGACGACACAGAUGGGUUUUCCAGUGGUGAAUGUCACAAGAAACUAUACCACACAACAAAUUCAAUUCGCUCAAAGUCGUUUCACAUUCAUUGCACCAAAUCAAUGGAAAUCAUUGCAAAUCAAGUACGAUGAGGCAUUAUGGUGGAUUCCACUUAGUUAUACCACAGCCAACGAGGCCGAUUUCAAUAAUACCAAACCAAAAGAUUGGAUUCGUGGUUCGGAAAAAUUUGCGAAAGAAUUUGAAAAUAUCACCAACGAUGAAUGGAUCAUUGUGAAUCUUCAAGGCACAGGUUACUAUCGCGUCAAUUAUGAUAUAACAAAUUGGCAACUUUUGGCAAAUUAUCUACAAAAUCCGCGGACAUAUUCAAAAAUUGUACCAACAAAUCGUGCCCAAAUAAUCGAUGAUGCUUUAACAUUGGCACGGGCCGGUAAAUUGGACUAUCAAAUUGCAUUGAAUUUAACAAGAUACUUGAUCAAUGAAGAUGAGUACGUUCCAUGGCGGUCAGCGUUGAGCGCAUUGAAUUUUAUUGAUAGCAUGAUGUCAUCGGGGCCAGACUAUGAUUUAUUCAGAAGAUACGCGUUUAGUCUGAUUAAAAAUAUAUACAAUAAUGUAACCAAUAGUCCCGAUGGUGAUGAUCCAUUGUUGGCGUACAAACGAAUUGACAUAACACAAUUUGCAUGUCGAUUGGGCUACAAAGAUUGUCUAGAUCGAAGUUUGAAAUUGUUCAAAGAAUGGAUGGACUCUGCAGAUCCAGAUCGAGUAAAUAAUAUUCCGCCAAACGAACGAUUCGUCGUGUAUUGUACAGCUGUUAAAUAUGGUACGGAAGAGAUGUGGGAGUUUAUAUGGAAUCGAUACAUGAAUGCCAACGUAUCGACUGAAAAAGAACUGCUUUUAGAUGCAAUGGCAUGCAGUCAAGAGAUUUGGAUUUUGGCCCGUUUACUCGAACGGGCUUCCACUGAAAAUGGUGGCAUCCGUAAACAAGAUCUCCUUCGCGUAUUUGUUUCGGUCUCAAAUCAUCCAAAUGGCAUACAGGUCACUUAUAAUUUUGUGCGAUUAAACUGGGAUCGUUUAAAAUCUUAUUUGGGACCACCGCCCAUGAAUAUGUACGUUAUUCUUAUGUAUGUAUUCAAAAAUGCCAAUACAGAGUUCGAUUUAACCGUGUUGCAACAAUUCAUGAAAGAGAAUAUAACGGAAAAGAGUCGCAUUUUAACUCAAGCGGUUGAAGCAAUCAAAACAAACAUCAAUUGGAUGGAACAAAAUUAUGAUACAAUCGUCGAGUGGCUAAGAAAUGUGACCAAAACCCAAUAAAUUCAUUGGAAAUUUUCAUCAUUGUCUGCCGAAUAAACCGAAAAGACUGCUACUUCAUUUGGUUUUGUUGUCAAUUAUGUUUCAUUUGAAUUUGUACUUAAUUUGAAAAGGGAAAGAAACACAACGGAAAUUUAGUCGUUAAAUUUAUUUAAUAUUUGAAAUGUAUUUGUUCAAAUCGAAUUUAUUUUAGCAAAUUGCAUAAUUUUAUUUGUAAAUAAAAACAAAAACAUCAAAUUAUAUGAAUAUGUCGAAAAAGAAAUACUAAAUGUGGAAAAUAUUUUCAAUUGAAAUGAGCCUAAAUGCUUGAAAUAAUUGGAUGCUAUAUGUGAGCAAGGUAUCAAUCAAAAAGACUUUUACGAUCGAUGUAAAAAGUGGACACUUUUUUUUUCUCAUUUUGAAUCAAUUCUUCAUCAUUUCAAAUCGAUUGGAUUAUACGUGCUUUUAACAAUAAUAAUCAUGUUUAAACAGUGUUCAACUGAAUCGUUAAUAAAGUUUUCGCUAAACAUAUAUUGUUUGCCAAUUUGA